AUGCCGACAGAUUGCGUGUCCUCAAGCUCUACGCGGUCGCUUCAGCUUGAACCGAAGGGCGACCGUAUUUCUAAGCGACAAGUCGACUCGAUUAUCUCUCAGAUAACAUCUGAAGUUGGCGGUGUACCAUCCGAUACCCCAGAAUACGUGGACACAUCAGUAUUUACAGCACCCCCCGCGGCUCUAUCGACGCAGGUAAUCGUCUCCACGGUGACGCCGACUGCUUACGGUGGAAUACCUGAUGUCGUUACAGUCAUCAAAACUUUUACACCUUCAGAAACCCCUCUCCCAUCCGAAACUGGGUCGACUGCUUCUUCGGUAGCUUCUGAGCUGGUACCUCCCAGCUCAACCGCAAGCUCGCCGAUCUCGAGCACGGAAAGCAGCGACGGCGCGUCAGCCACACAGUCAUCAGACGGCAAUGAGCCGACAGCGGCGUCACAGGACAACGGCAGCGGUAGUUCAGGGCUAGGAGGCGGCGCAAUCGCUGGAAUAGCUAUUGCAGCUGUCCUCGUUAUCGCGGUCAUCGGUGGCUGGUUCUUCUGGCGGCGGAGGAAACGCAUAAGAGCGAAGCCUACAAGCACUGAAAUUACUGCGCACAUCGCAGGAAACGGAGACGGAGCCGGAGAAAGAGGCAUACCAGAGCUCGAUACAAAAGAGCGGCCGCAAGAAAUGCCGGGAAGUCAUCAAGUACAAUCACAAGAGCUGGAUCCCACGCAGUACACCAAAUACGCGAUGAAUGGAUCUCAUGAGCUCAAGACCGAGCCUGAGUCGGCUGAGCUGUUGAACGGCCCGGACGAACAUACAGCGCCAGUGCCUUAUCACGUUCAGCAAACACCCGCUGAUGAAACAACGGAGAUUAGGGACACGACUGAGGCAACGAGUGAUUCGUUGUCAUCUAACGUUGAAGCGCAACGGCGAAGAGAGAUGGAAUGGCUAGAAAUGGAGGGGGAAAGGAUACGGAAGCGGCGCGAAUUACUUGCGGCGCAAGGAAGUGCGAAGAGUUGA